AUGUCGAUGCAAAUUCACGCAAAGACUCUCACAGAAAAGACCAUAACCAUUGACGUUGUAAGCUCCGACACCAUCAAUAAUGUCAAAGCAAAGAUCCAGGACAUAGAAGGGAUUCCUCUAGACCAGCAAAGACUCAUCUUUUCCGGUAAACUGCUAGAUGAUGGCCGUACUUUGGCCGAUUACAGUAUCCAAAAAGAUUCAAUACUCCACUUAGCUCUCAGGUUGAGAGGUGGUAUGCAGAUAUUUGUCAAGACGCUUACCGGUAAAACCAUUACCCUUGAAGUUGAGAGUUCAGACACUAUUGACAAUGUUAAAGCUAAGAUCCAAGACAAGGAAGGAGUCCCUCCGGAUCAACAGAGACUAAUCUUUGCUGGUAAACAGCUUGACGAUGGUCGCACUCUUGCAGAUUACAACAUCCAGAAAGAAUCAACUCUCCACUUGGUUCUCAGGUUGAGAGGUGGUAUGCAGAUUUUUGUCAGGACACUUACCCGAAAAACCAUAGCUUUGGAAGUUGAGAGCUCUGACACAACCGAUAAUGUGAAGGCCAAGAUACAAGACAAAGAAGGGAUCCCACCAGACCAACAGAGACUUAUCUUUGCAGGCAAACAACUCGAAGAUGGUCGGACGCUUGCUGAUUACAACAUCCAGAAGGAGUCAACACUUCAUCUCGUGCUGCGUCUUUGUGGUGGGAUGCAGAUAUUUGUCAACACUUUGACGGGAAAGACCAUCACACUUGAAGUGGAGAGCUCUGAUACGAUUGACAAUGUGAAGGCCAAGAUUCAGGACAAAGAAAGGAUCCAACCGGACCAACAGAGGCUAAUCUUUGCAGGCGAGCAGCUUGAAGAUGGUUAUUACACUUUAGCGGAUUACAAUAUCCAGAAAGAGUCAACUCUUCACCUUGUUCUCCGUCUCCGCGGUGGAGAGUGCUUUGGUUUUAUUUUUCUUUUCUUGUUAUGUUUUAACUCUUGA